AUGGACAGCUUUCCACGAGAGCCCGAUGAAGUGAAAUCAAAACUGCCAGGGCCUUCUGCCCUGCUCCUCUCCCGUGUCAUCAGUGCGCCCGAGCCACGAAGACAUGAUGGCCCUUUCCCAACACCGUUCGAUUUGACUCCUCGAAAGCGCGACUUUCCUAUGGAUCGUCCAUAUCAGCGCUCUGCCACCGAACUCUCAUCCCCUCCUGCCCGGCAUUUCUGGCCCUCAGCUGCGUCCAGCCCGCACCGGGACGAUAGCACCGACCUGCCAGACAAGCGUCCGAGGCUGGACUACAUACCUGCAAGAGCGGACGGCAUACCUGACGCGUCUAAAACGCAUCUCAAUCAAUAUUCUAGCGAUUAUGUUUACCCGGAGCACCAUGAGCCUUCCGCACAAACUCCCACAGAAAGCGGCCCUUUUCGACCCUCAUGCCACAAGUGCUACGGGACAGAUGGUUUAGUUGUGGACUUGGUAAGAGCGUUUCUUGAUCUGCGGACCGAAAUGAGCCACGCUCUGUCUAUUCCUCUGAGUAGCGGAAGCCCCAUCGAGACGAUUGAAAAUGAGGCGAUCAGGCUAGGCCUCAAAGAGACACUUGCAUGGACUAUACAGGAGAUUCACAAUACCGCUCGACUUGUGCACCAAAAUACCACAACAAAACCGGAUUUGCCUCCCCUGGCGGAGGUUGUUCCCACUCCCUUCGUAAACAAUGUACGGCGCCUAUCACGACACGCCCAAUCCCCCACAGCGCCUUCUUCUAUAAAUGAUCCCCGUAGGACCCCAAUCUCCCAUGAUUCUGCUCGGGUAGAGGGCAUACAUAGGAGAGCAAAGGACCAGCCACCCGAGUCAACUCCUCGACCCAUUGACCAUUUCCUACCCGCCAUCAUACCACCAGACGAGAUGAGGCGAAGUCAGCAUCAAGAGCAAAUGCUGACAAGUAUUGGACAGUCGCCACACCCAUCGUCGGCGAGUUCAGUCUUUGGCUCAGCUCAAUCUCCUAUGCAAUCUAUUCCUUCCAGCGGUCUGACUUUGCCUUCUCCACCAGGAGCACAUUUUCAGCGGACAGGGAGCUCUGGAUCGGUACAGUACUCGCCUGCAGCCACAUCGUCGGCACAGCACACACAUCUUCAGGAUUUGCAACAUCAAAUCUCUACCAAAACCCUGGCUCUCCAAACCCUGCAGCGUGAACAUGAUGGGCUACUAGCUGCAUUUUCCAGAUCACAGAUCCGGUGCACAGCGCUAGAUAAGAAGUCCCAAGUGUCAGACCACGAGAUCAACACACUGACCGAGGACAAGAUUCGUCUUCAGCAGCAGGUGGAGAGUAUGGAGAGCCAAGUGCGGGAAUUGAUGAAAUCGCGCGAUGAGGUGCACCAACAGUCUUCGGCCGACGGAGCUCAGUGGAGGCAAAUCAUGGCCAUGUCGAGCCAGCUGCAACUCAAAGGGGCUGACGAAGCCCGGCGCUUCAAGGAUGAACGCGAAAGCUGGGACGAGGAACGACAGUCCUUGAGGAGGCGAAUAGAGGAACUCGAGUCCGGUAAGGGAGCCCUUCCUGAGACAAGGACUGUGUCUGGAUCCACGACCCCAGUGGCAAACGAUUCUAUUCUGACUUCGGAGUCUCUUGAUGCGCUUAGAGCGGAAAUUGUAAAGCUCAGGCGAAAAUGCACUGAACUGGAGCUACUGCUGCAGGAUCUGCAAAACGAAGCAGGCUCGAUUGAGAGCGCAAUCAAUGCAAUGGAGAGUGUCAGAAGAAAUCUCACCAGCAAGAAGCGGCGAAGUGAAGGGGGCUAG